AUGAUCGAUCAUAUGAGGAUUUCGAAUGUUCGUUCUCUCUCUCUCUUGAUUCAGGACUUCUCACGACGCGCCAUCCUGCAUCGUGAUCGGAACAGUAAAGUUGGUCGUUCCGGCCGUGAUGUUGGCAUUGCCGUAUUCCUCGGAGAAGCCGCCGAAGUUGUCCACGGUCCACCGGUGCCUGACCUGGAGGUUCCAGACCGGGUAAGAGCGCGGGAUCAGGUUCGCGCUGACCGUCUUGUCGGCGCAGGGCUGGUAGUCGCCCGCGACAUCGGUGCCCUGGCAGGUGGUGUUGAAGCCCGGCGUGUUGGGCCCGGCGCGGCCCGAAAUCACGAAGCUGUAUGCGCAGCCGCCGGGCGAGCAGCCGACUUCGAAGUUCGUCACUUGCCAGGGAGCUUUGCCUGCUGCCCCGUAGAGGUGGUAGACGCUACGAGCAUCUGCGAGAGGAGCGAUGGAGGCGGCGAGGCCGGCGAGGAGAAGAUCCAGGCGCAUGUUUUCUACAGUACAGGACUACUUCGCCAGCAGCAGCUAGCUAGCCUACAGGAAGGCUGGCUGUCAGAGGAACGCGAAACGGCGUCGCCAAGCACUCGCGUAGUGGCCGACUCCUGA